AUGUCCAAGCUUUCUAGGUAUGUUGGCAAUAUUGCCGGCGCUAAUGCUUACUGGAGUAGAGUAAGAGAAGAACUCAAAGCCAUUAUAACUAGUGUUGGAGCACCAACAUUAUUUUUUACUUUCUCCUCUGCAGAUAUGCAUUGGCCUGAGUUACAUGCUUUAUUUAAAGCUGAUACCGAGGCAGAGACUGGUAAUUCUACCAGUGACGUAAGACGACAAAAUGUGAUUAACAAUCCUCAUAUUGUAGAUUGGUUUUUCACACAAAGAUUAGAAAGCUUUGUAAACCACUGGCUUUAUAAUACACUUGGUGCAAAAUGGCACUGGUUUCGAUAUGAAUAUGAAGGCAGAGGUAGUAUCCAUUGUCAUGGUACUGCUAAACUAAAUAAUGACCCAGGUUUGUGUCAUCUUACUCAGACUGCUUUGAAAGGUUUCUUAGCUCAAAAAUUUAAAGAUGAAAAUGAUUGUUCUGACACAACUGAACUAGACCAGGAUAUUGAAGCUGGUCAGAAAGCAGCUGACACAGUAUGUCAAUAUGUUGAUUGGUUAUUAUCAACCGUCAAUCCUAAUCCACCAGAUGAGGACAUGUGGAUAAGACCUGAGUUUCAUCCGUGUCAAAGAAGCCAUCAUGACAUUCCUGAACAUGAAAAACAAUCAGAUUAUGUAGAUCUAUUAAACAUGGUUCAACGACACACUCGUUGUAGUACAAGUUAUUGUCUUAGAAAGAAGUCAAAUGAAACAGACUUGAAAUGUAGAUUUCAUUUUCCUUUUGAUAUUUGUCCUCAGACAAAAUUAGAAUUUGAAAAAAUUCAUACCUCAGGUGAUAAUGAGCAUUAUCGAGCUAAGAUUGUGACUAAACGAAAUGACUCUAGGUUAAAUAACCAUCAACAACUUCAACUCCAAGGAUGGAGAGCUAACUGUGAUAUUCAAGUUGUUAUUGAUCACUAUGCUUGUGUUGAAUAUCUCACAAAAUAUGCAGCUAAAAGUGAGCCAAGGUCACCUGUAUUGAAACAGGCAUUCAAUUCUAUUGUGCAAAAUGUUGACAGUAAUACUGAGCCUCGUAGAGUUAUUAAGAAGGUAGUUAUGAAAUCUCUUGGUGAAAGAGAUUAUGCAGCUCAAGAGACAAUGCAUCAUUUGUUGUCUUUGAAACUUCACAGCUCAUCCUUUAAAGUGAUGCCAGUUAGUCUAAAUGGUUCACGUAGAGUGCGUGAUACUGCAAGUAUUGACGAGGGUGAAUCGUGCACCGAUUAUUCACUUCUUGAUGUGUAUGCAAAUCGUGAACAAUAUGAGAGUUCACAAAAUAUAAUAAAUAUGAACUUUGUUCAAUUUGCUACAACAUACAAAGUUGUUAACAAUGAACUGACAAAAUUGCCAGAGAAUAUUAUACCACGAAUAUUUCCAACAUAUUCUGCUAAUCCCAGAGGUCCAAAUUUUGGCCUAUAUUGUAAAUAUCAACUUUUGAGGUAUAAACCCUGGAAAACAACCCAAAAUAAUGCAUGGGGUGACCAAGGACCGACUGACGAGGUUCUGACCAAUUGUUGGCAUGAAUUUUUACAAACAGCUUAUGGGCAGUCUAAUGUCCCAGACUGGUUUGAUAAAUUACAAGCUGUCAUUCAAAGUCAAGAAUCAGAAGAUGAACCUUCUGAAGAACAGGAGACAACUCGAGAAGAGUGGAUGAUAUUAUCAGACCUCAACACUCCUUUUGGCAACUCUGAACAAAUAUCAGAGUCCACAUAUGACUGGCAUCUUGACAGAGCCAAUUAUUCAGAACAGCAAAUCCAAGAAAUGCCAACAUGGAUAAAAACAAACAAAGAGGAAUACGCUAUUGAUGAGCAAUAUGAUGUUGUUGACAUUAACAGUUUUAGUGAAACGCAAAAACUUACUUAUGACAUUGUUAAGUCUCAUUUUGAUGAUGUAUCAUCCGAGAAAGAGCCAUUAUGUCUCAUUAUAAAUGGUGUUGCAGGAACUGGUAAAAGUUACCUUAUUAAUGCUAUUAGAAAUCUUUUGCAAAGUAAAUGUGCUGUUACUGUUACUGUUACCACAGGUAAAGCAGCUUAUAACAUUAGAGGUGUAACUGUGCAUUCUCUAUUAAAGUUACUUAUAGGAUCAAGAGGUAAUAAAGACCUAACAGGACAAAGCUCGUGUAGGUUACAAGAGAGUGUUAAUAACAUUGGAUACAUCAUUAUUGAUGAAUACUCCAUGCUUGGCCAAGUUACUUUUGGUUGGAUAGACAAGCGUUGCAAACAAGCAACUGGUUAUAAUGACCAAGUAUUUGGAGGAAAAUCCUUGAUUUUAACUGGUGAUCCAGGUCAAUUGCCACCAGUAGCAGAUAAACCUCUUUACCAUGCUAGACCAUCAAACGCUGUUGGUGAACAAGGUUAUCAAGCAUAUCAUAUGUUUGACAAAGUUGUUAAACUCACUGUAAAUCAACGUGUGCAAGGUAUGACAUCUGAGCAAGUACAGUUCAGAGAUUUGUUAUUGCGACUUCGCAAAGGUGACUCAACAGUUGAUGACUGGAAGUUACUUCUGACACGUCAACCAUCAAAUGUCACUAAUUUAUGUGAUUUUGAAGAUUCUACUAGACUCUUUUAUAGUAAUGAACAAGUUGGUAAUUACAACCAUGAGCAGCUAACAAAACUUGAGCAUCCAAUUGCUCAUAUUAAUGCUCGCCAUUCAUCAGCAUUGGCCAAAAAGAUAUCCUCAGACGAUAUGUCUGGGUUAGAACCUGUUGUGUUUCUAGCAAAAGGUGCUAGGGUUAUGUUAACUAUGAAUUUGUGGUCAAGUGUUGGCCUCUGCAAUGGGGCUACUGGAACAGUUGUUGAUAUUAUCUAUCAGAACAACCAUCAACCACCUGACUUACCUAUUGCAGUAAUAGUAGAAUUUGAAAACUAUAGAGGACUUGUUUUUAAUGAAAACCAACCAUUGUGUAUCCCAAUAUGGAUAUCCAAUCACUGUCACAUCACAGACAGAAAUAGGUUUCCAUGA